GCGCAUGAGCGGAUGUCAAACGUUAUGAUGUAAUACGCUAGAAAGUUCCCCGGAUUAUAAAUACAGUGCGAAGGUCAGUAGCGCGUUGACAGUAUAGUAAUAUUAAAACAACAGCAUUUUUUGCGAGUCUCGGAUCUUUUUCUGGAGUUAGUCAUAAAAAAGCAACAUGCCAAGAGGAAGCCGAAGCAGAAGUUCGAGGAUGAGUCCUCCAAGUUACUCCUCCCCAUCACCUCCACCAAUGGCUAGAGCAGCUCCUCCACGCUCAUACGCCCCAGCGCCCGCGUCUCCUCCACCAUCGGCGGUGGCGGCUCCUGCUGCUGCUCCCCGUCAGCCGGGGAUGUUCGCUCAGAUGGCGUCCACCGCGGCGGGCGUUGCAGUCGGCUCUGCUGUCGGACACACGAUAGGUCACGCUAUGACCGGCGGCUUCAGCGGAGGUGGACACUCAGAGGCUGCCAGGCCUGAUGUCACCUAUCAGGAGCCCUACCAGGCUCAGCCCAUGUACCAGCAGCAGCAGCCAUCCAUGUACCAGCAGCAGGAGCAGAGUCCCUGUGCAUAUGAGCUGAAGCAGUUCAUUGAAUGCGCUCAGACACAGAGCGACCUCAAACUCUGUGAGGGCUUCAGCGAAGUACUGAAACAAUGCAAAUUCUCCAAUGAUAUCAGCCAAAGGAAGCAUGUAAAUAGAAAAUAAGGCUGGACCCAGUAUUGAUCCUUGUGGAACCCCACACUUCAUUUGAGCAGAAGAGGAUGUAAAAUUUCCUAAAUCAACAGAAAAAGUUCUUCCAGAGAGAUAUGAACUAAACCAGUUAAGAGCAAUACCUUGGAUCCUAGCCCACAGUCUUAAGCGCUCCAUCAGUAUUUCAUGUAUUAUAGUGUCAAAUGCAGCUGUCAAAUCAAGUAAAACCAAAAUUGUACACUUUCCCGAAUCGACAGCCAAAAACAGAUCAUUAGACACUUUGAGAAGGCCCGACUCUGCUGGGCCCUAAAUAUUGAUUGGAACUUAUCAAAAAUACCAUUUCCAUUUAAAUGAAUAGAAAGCUGUUGAAAGACAACCCUCUCUAGAAUUUGACAGGAAAGACAGUUUUGAAAUUGGCCGGUAGUUCUUUAAAUCAGCUGAAUCCAAAUUGGAUGCAGAAUGGCACAACACCACUCAGUAAACUGGAGUUCACAAUUGACAAAAAAUCU